AUGGGCAACUCUAUUGGUAAAGUGUAUAGAGAUGUCAUAAAUUAUGAAGACUCAAGUCAAAGUAUAGAAUAUGGAAAAGAUAAUUUCACCGAGAAGAAGAAAAAGUAUCGAAUUGCAGUUAGUCAAGAUGGAAAAUUUGCUGUUACUUUUGAUACAGAUAAUGACUUUGAAUUUUCUAAACUUUACAAUCCUAAAAAAACUGAAGAUUCUUCAGGCAACGGCAAGACAACAAAACACGACAAAAGUAGCUCGGAAGAAGAUGAAAAGAAUGACAAUUAUAAAUGGUCUUUUGAUAUAUCAAAUAUGCAUAAGAAUGAUAACGAUGAUAGCGAAUAUUUUAUUUUUGUCACCAUAUCUCGUAUAAACAUUAACGAGGACAUGAAACAAGAAAAGAGAAAAAAGAUGAUAAUAAAAAGCAAUGAUGGAUAUCUUAAUAAAAUACGAUUUAAACCUUUAUUCAAUAAUAACGAUAAAUCUGUCGAAACUAUAAUUUCCAUGAAGCCAGAAUUUAAAAAAAAGGAAUCAAAAAAGGGAUCACUAUUUAUCACAUUAAAAUAAAAAGUCAAAAUGAAG